ACUUCACAAGAUGAUCUGAAACCUUGUGUAAAAUUAGUAGUGUAAAAUUCCACAAGUUUUAUGAAGUUGUGCAAAUUUAGUAAAAUAUCCAGACACAAGUUGGAAUUAUUUAUGUAAUUCUGAAUUUCUUAAAAUUAAAUAAAAUGCGACUAUUUGCAUACUUCUGUUUCCUUCUAAUCACCAUCGUAUCUUCGGAAACGGCCACAUAUUCCCUCACCGUCUCCCCCACUACGACCUAUCCCGACGGGGUGAAGAAAGACUCCACCCUAACUUUUAAUUCUCAAUUUCCCGGGCCACUCCUCUCCGCAAAGGUUGGGGACAGAUUCGUCAUCACUUUAAAAAACGAGUUUUCCCGCCCCACAGCCGUCCACUGGCAUGGGCUGUACCAAAAAGGAAGCCAAUUUCACGACGGUCCCGCCAUGGUGACACAAUGCCCCUUGAAACCCGGGAAAUCUCAGACUUUCAAUUUUUCCACGGCCGGACAGGCUGGCACGUUCUGGUAUCAUGGCCACUACCGAAGUCAAUACACGGAUGGCUUAAUCGGCCCCAUGAUUAUCUAUGAUCCCGCCGAACCCGCCUAUUUCGGCUAUGACGCCGAACUAAUUUUAAUCCUUAGCGAUUGGUAUCACACUAAUUAUACGGAGAAUGAAGACUUUUAUCUUGCCACGGGAAUCCCGCCAUUUCCUAAUUCGCCCCUUAUCAAUGGGAAAGGAAUUUAUCCUUGUGCUGUUUUCCCUGGUGGGUUUGGAACGUUACUACGAACACCGAAUUGUUACCCGGAGAGACAGCAGAGACACAUUUUUAGUGUCCAACCCGGUAGAACGUAUCGAAUUCGGGUCAUUAAUGCGAGUGCGCUGAGUACGUUUACAUUUUCGAUUGAUGGACAUAAACUGGUGGCGAUUGAGGUGGAUGGCGUCGCUUUGAAGGAGCCGUCAAAAAAGGCAGAUUUUGCGUAUAUCGCGGCUGGACAGAGAUACUCGUUCCUGAUGAGGAUGGACAAGCCAGCAAAAAAAUAUUUAAUCCGGUCCAUCAUGAAGGACGAUUUUGUCAACCUUUUCCCCCGGACCGUGCCUAACAUUAACCGUUUCGUGGAGGACACCCUACUCCAAAAAGCGACCGCUAUCCUCUCGUAUGACUCCGAAAUGACCUCACCAACGCCAAUCGCUUCGACGGAACCAUUCUCGUACUUCAAGUACGCCACGAUUCCACCUGACAGCCGGAAAAGUUUCGAUUUACUGGACGACCAAGAACUCUCCCUAAUUCCGAAGGAUGACGACACCGCUCCGUGCCACGUGGAUAUCGAAUUCGUGCUUAACAUCGAGCUGAACUUAUCAACGGAAAGGUCGCCUAGGUCACUAUUUAAUAGGAGUCGAUACGUCGGAAAUCAUACGGCUGAUCCGUUGCUGAUCCAGGUCGUUAAAGGGGUAAAAUUAAAGGAGACGACAAACCCGUUGUACGUGGAUACAAAUAAGAGUGUGCAAAUAGUCAUAAACAACUUCGAACCCUGGGCCCAUCCCAUUCACCUACACGGCCACCACUUUUGGGUCGUCGCCAAAGGUUCCGGCGUCUUCAUAGCGAACAUUUCCACCAUUUCGGAAACCACGGUGAAACGCGAUACUGUAAUGCUGGACAAGAACUCGUAUGUCGUGCUCCGUUUCGUGGCUGACAAUCCGGGCGUGUGGCCGCUCCAUUGUCACAUCGAUUGGCACAAUACGGGCGGCAUGAGCAUGACCCUUGUCGAAGGGAGGGAUGACCUCGUCGGAAUAGAGAUUCCUGAGCAGAUCCAGAAAAUGUGCGCAGACUGGAAAGAAAAUUUAUCUUAUUCGGAAAAUGAUUGAAAUUCAUAUAUAUUUCGAGCAAUUUAUAUAUCACCGAAGUGGUAAUAAAUGCAUAGGUAAGUAAUAAUUACCUCUAAAUUGUAAUCAGUCAUUAGAAAUUGAUUCCAGUAUUAGAAGAAAUUGGGGUUACAUUGUUAUUGGUAUGCAUGAGAAAAUAUGUCAUAAUAAUAAAUAUUUAAUAGUAUUUGAA